AUGAAGCACUCAGCCGUCGCUCUUCUCGCCUUUGCCCAGGGCAUUGUUGCUAUCCCGUCCCUGCUGGGGCAGAUCAAGCAGAGCCAGUCCAAGGUUUUGGUGUCUGAUCAGGAUAUAUCUCUUUCUAUCAAGCUUUCGCAGGUACCUAUGCACAGGGACAAGCCCCAAACUAAGCAGGAUGAUAUCUGCUGGCUCCUCUGUGCUUCUGAGGAGAUCAAGUGCCCAGAUGGGUGGUACUCCUCUGAGCAGGGCGAUUGCUGGACUUGCUGCCGCAGCUUCUAA